GAUAUUUCUCUGUGACCGGCCAGAAUUUAUUCACUCCGCGGCGAUAAGAAGUUCGGCGCCUCUCGGCUCACGUCUGACCGUGAACGGAGCUAUAUCAGCCUCCACCUGCGCCUCGGAGUUUCGGAGUUUUGCUCUCGGCGUCUGAGGGCGCGUAACUUUCGGGGGAAGACAAACACUCGGAUUUGGGGGCUGUUUGGCACCAGACGCGACAUCGUGUGCGCCAGGCGUCAGGCGUAGGAGACUCAUUUGGCAGGUUGGACUCUGAAAGCUUGAAGUUGCUCAAUGGAAAGUUAGUUUGAACGACUUCUUGGUCGCGGCGUGUUUUAAGCGAAUCAUAUUUCCCUGAGCCACUGCAAGGUGAAGAGGACAUCUGCUAAGUUCUGUUGAAGCGUGCGUUGUGGAGUUUCCCGAAUCACCAUGAGCGCAGCGGUGGUUUUCCAGAUGUGGAUGCUUUUGUUGCUGGGGACUGUGAGCGGGGUCGGGCGGGCUCAGGUCUCCACCGCCAAAGUGAUGAGGGGCAACAACAGGAGAGACGACCUUUACCGCAAAGAGGAAAACGUCACAGUCACGCCAGUGGGUGGAGCCAUCCACAGCCCGCGCUACCCCAACGCUUACCCCCGUAAUCUGCUGUUGUCAUGGAAACUGCUGUCACCGCCAGGGAGCCGCAUACACCUGGAGUUUGACGGACACUUCGGCCUGGAGGAGGCCGAGAAUGGAGUGUGCAGGUAUGACUUUGUUGAAGUGGAGGACCAAUCAGAGACCAGCACUAUAAUUUGGGGCCGCUGGUGCGGGCAGAAAGCACCGCCUAGUCUCAACUCCAAAACCAACACGCUCAGAGUCACCUUCAAGUCUGAUGACUACUUUGUAGCAAAGCCGGGAUUCAAAAUCUACUACUCGCUGCUGUAUGACUCUCCUCUCCCUGCAUCCAACACCAACUGGGAGGCUGUCACUAUGCCCAUGUCGGACAGCGGUGGAAGCCAGAUCCAAGCAGCAGUCACAGAGGUUCCUUUCUCAUUGGAGGAUUUGGACCGGACCAUCGCCGCCUUUGACACUGUAGAGCAGCUUCUCAGAUCCCUGAGCCCAGACACCUGGAGACAGGACCUGGACAGCAUCUACACUCAAACACAUAUACAUUAUAGAUCCAGGGCCUAUCAUCUGGCAACCAGGCACAAUAAAGUUGAUCUGAACCGUCUCUAUGACGAUGUCAAGCGGUACAGCUGCACUCCUCGCAACUACUCCGUAAACCUGCGCGAGGAGCUGAGGGCCACCAACGCCGUCUUCUUCCCUCGAUGCCUGCUGGUCAAACGCUGUGGAGGCAACUGUGGCUGCGGCACCGAUAACUGGAACAACGGCUGCACCUGUCAGGCCUCCAAGACCACGCUCAAGUUGCACGAGGUGCUGAAGUACGCCCCGGAGGUCACUCUGCACCAGCGCCAUCGGAGGACGCGGGUGCGCUGGGUCAUAGACGAGAUCUUCCUCACGCACCAUGAAACGUGUGAGUGCGCGUGUCCCUCCCAGCCCCCUCGCUGAGACGCUCGGACUGGCACGUGCACCUGGAACUGUUGGACCAGUUCAUUUUU